AUGGAUCUCUCAUCAGGACCUCAAAAUUUAAAUCCAACAAUUUAUGAACGUACUGAAGAACGAACAGUACAAGCAUCAGAUUAUGAUAAUGAUGCAUCAGAUGAAAUUGAUCGUCGGGAAAUAUUCGAUUUAAUUCGAACAAUAAAUGAUCCUGAACAUCCACUUACAUUAGAAGAACUUAAUGUUGUUGAUUUGGAUGGUGUUACAAUUGAUAAUCAAGCUAAUACAGUACGAGUACAAUUUCGGCCUACUAUUCCACAUUGUUCUAUGGCAACAUUAAUUGGUUUAAGUAUUCGUGCCAAAUUACUCUAUACACUUCCUAGUCGAUAUAAAGUCGGUGUUAAUAUUAUUGAAGGUGCUCAUAUUCAAGAGAAUCAAAUCAAUAAACAACUAAAUGAUAAAGAACGUGUUACAGCUGCACUUGAAAAUAAUCAUCUUCGUGCUGUUGUUAAUCGAUGUAUUAUUGCAUCUGAUGCAUAA